AGAGAGAGAGAGAGAGAGAGAGAGAGAGAGAGAGAGAGAAAGAAAGAAAGAAAGAAAGAGAGAUUUGCUGGUCUGUGGUAAACGGAAUCUCAACCCAUUCCCAGCACAGCCGAGUCGGGACUCCGCAGAAUUCUUCAGCCCAAAAGUGCUUGUUUUUGUACCAAAAAAAAAAGAACUUCAAAGGGAAAAAAAACCCAGCCUUUUAUAAAUUUAAGGAAGUGAGUCCGACCCCACCCAGCCAGAAGCCUUAAAAAUGAGCAGUGCACACCCUCGCCAAAAAUCGUCGAGCGCUGCUAGCUCCGCGGCAUCUAACGCAGCCCUAGCCGACAAAGACGCCGACAUGCCGGCCACCGAGAAAGACCUCGCUGAAGACGCUCCUUGGAAGAAAAUCCAACAGAACACCUUCACCCGCUGGUGCAACGAGCACCUGAAAUGCGUCAACAAGCGCAUUGCCAACCUGCAGACCGACCUGGCAGACGGGCUCCGGCUCAUCGGUUUGCUGGAGGUGUUGAGCCAGAAAAAAAUGUUCCGAAAGUAUAACCAGCGCCCCACGUUCAGGCAGAUGCAGCUGGAAAACGUUUCCGUGGCGCUGGAGUUCUUGGACAAAGAGAAUAUCAAGCUGGUCUCUAUCGACUCCAAGGCCAUCGUGGAUGGGAACCUGAAGCUGAUUCUGGGUCUCAUCUGGACCCUGAUUCUUCACUACUCCAUCUCUAUGCCCAUGUGGGACGAGGAGGAGGAAGAUGAACAGGUGAAACAGAAGACCCCCAAACAGAGGCUGCUGGGCUGGAUCCAGAACAAACUACCCGAGCUCCCCAUCACCAACUUCAGUCGGGACUGGCAGUCCGGCCAGGCGCUCGGAGCCCUUGUGGAUAGCUGUGCUCCAGGUCUGUGUCCUGACUGGGCUUCGUGGGAUCAAGCGAAACCUGUGGAUAACGCCCGCGAGGCCAUGCAGCAAGCCGAUGACUGGCUGGGAGUCCCGCAGGUGAUCGCUCCUGAGGAAAUUGUGGACCCCAACGUGGACGAACAUUCCGUCAUGACCUACCUGUCUCAGUUCCCCAAGGCCAAGCUGAAGCCAGGCGCCCCCCUGCACCCCAAACUCAAUCCCAAGAAAGCCAGGGCCUACGGACCAGGUAUCGAGCCCACUGGUAACGUGGUAAUGAAGCGUGCCCAGUUCACUGUGGAAACCAUCAGCGCAGGAAUGGGAGAGGUGCUGGUGUACGUGGAGGACCCUGCUGGCCACCGAGAGGAGGCUAAAGCGACCGCGAACAACGACAAGACAAGAACCUAUUCUGUCUACUACGUUCCGAAAGUGACUGGAUCCCACAAGGUAACGGUGCUGUUUGCUGGGCUGCACAUUUCCAAGAGCCCCUUUGAGGUGAAUGUGGGGAUGUCCCAGGGAGACUCCAGCAAGGUGACCGCACAGGGACCUGGCCUUGAACCCAGCGGCAACAUUGCCAACAAAACGACCUACUUUGACAUCUACACUGCAGGUGCCGGAGUGGGUGAGGUGGAAGUGGUCGUUGUUGACCCCAGUGGGAGGAAGGGCACUGUGGAGUGUCGGGUGGAGGACAAGGGUAACAGCAGCUACCGCUGUACCUACAAACCAACACUAGAGGGCGCUCACACAAUCUACAUCACCUUCUCUGGUGCCCAGAUCCCCAAGAGCCCCUUUACUGUGACUAUUGGACAAGCUUGUAACCCCUCCCUGUGCAGAGCUAAAGGCCGCGGGCUGCAGCCCAAAGGAGUUCGUGCUAAAGAGACCGCGGACUUCAGAGUGUACACCAAGGGAGCAGGCACUGGGGAGCUCAAAGUCACCAUCAAGGGACCAAAGGGGAGUGAGGAACCCGUGAAGCAGAAAGACCGUGGUGACGGUGUCUAUGGUUACGAAUAUUACCCAUCAACACCCGGGAACUACAUUGUCACCAUCACCUUGGGAGGCCAGCAGAUUCCUUGCAGCCCCUUCGAGGUGAAGGUGGGUACCGAGGCGAGGUCUCAGAAGGUGCGAGCUUGGGGACCAGGUUUGGAGGGAGGCGUAGUUGGGAAGUCGGCUGAUUUUGUGGUGGAGGCUGUUGGAGACGACGUCGGAACACUGGGUUUCUCAGUGGAGGGCCCAUCCCAGGCUAAGAUAGAGUGCGAUGACAAGGGCGACGGCUCGUGUGACGUCCGUUACUGGCCCACGGAGGUCGGGGAGUACGCAGUGCACGUGCUCUGCAACAACGAGGACAUCCAGCACAGCCCCUUCAUGGCAGAGAUCACAGCCGCGCCUCCCAAGGACUUCCACCCAGACAAGGUGAAGGCGUACGGUCCUGGUUUGGAGAAGACUGGCCUGGCCAUUAACAAGCCCACUGAAUUCACAGUGGAUGCCAAGAAGGGAGGGAAAGCUCCCUUGAAAGUCCAGCUCCAGGAUGGCGAGGGUAACCCAGUGGAUGUCCAGAUGAGGGACAAUGGAAAGGGCACCCACACCUGCUCCUACACUCCCCGCAAGCCACUCAAACACACGGUCAUGGUGUCCUGGGGAGGGGUCAACAUCCCGGACAGUCCCUUCAGGAUGAUGAUUGGUGCUGGAACUCACCCAAACAAGGUGAAGGUGUCAGGACCCGGAGUGGCCAAGACCGGCCUGAAGGCCUGUGAACCGACCUACUUCACUGUGGACUGCGCAGAGGCUGGCCAAGGUGACAUUAGCGUCGGUAUCAAAUGUGAUUCGGGGGUCAUCGGCCCAGCGGAGGCAGACAUCGACUUUGACAUCAUCCGAAACGACAAUGACACCUUCACUGUGAAAUACACCCCUCCUGGGGCAGGCAGCUACACCAUCAUGGUGCUGUUCGGUGACCAGGCUGUCCCUGUCAGUCCACUCCGAAUCAAGGUGGAUCCUUCCCAUGAUGCUAGCAAAGUCAAAGCAGAGGGUCCGGGACUGAGCAGGAGCGGUGUGGAGCUUUGCAAGCCCACCCACUUCACGGUCAACACCAAAGCGGCCGGGAAAGCUAAGCUGGAUGUCCAGUUUGCUGGCCCUGCCAAGGGAGAGGCUGUCAAGGACUUUGAGAUAAUCAAUAACCAUGACAACACCCACACUGUGAAGUACACCCCAGUACAGCAGGGCAUCACUGGAGUGGGCGUGACCUAUGGUGGGGACCACGUUCCCAAGAGCCCCUUCUCCGUGGGUGUCGCCCCGUCACUGGACCUGAGCAAGAUCAAAGUGUCUGGCCUUGGAGACAAGAUGCCGGUUGGGAAGGACCAGGAGUUCACUGUGAAGUCCGAGGGGGCUGGUGGUCAGGGGAAAGUGGCGGCCAAGAUCACUAGCCCCUUGGGGAAGGCUGUGCCCUGCAAGGUGGAGCCAGGCCCGAGUCCGGAUAACAGCCAGGUCCGCUUCAUCCCCCGGGAGCUGGGACCCUACCAGGUGGAGCUGACCUACGAUGGGGUGCCCGUGCCGGGGAGCCCCUUCACUGCUGAGGCCGUGGUCCCCACUGACGCCUCCAAGGUGCGUUGUUCAGGCCCUGGUCUGGAACACGCCAAGGUGGGCGAGACGGGGAAGUUCAGCGUGGACUGUACCAACGCCGGCCCGGACGAACUGACCGUCGGGAUCAUCUCCGACAACGGCACGGAGGCCGAGGUCCACAUCCAGGACAACGGAAACAGCACCUACAACGUCACCUACAUCCCGCUGUACCCUGGCGACUCCACCAUCGCCAUCCGCUACGGCGGGCAGGAUGUGCCCAACUUCCCAGCCAGACUCGCGGUGGAGCCCGCCAUUGACUCCAGCGGCGUCAAGGUCUUUGGUCCUGGCAUCGAAGGCAAAGGUGUUUUCCGUGAUGCCACCACAGAUUUCACCGUGGACGCCCGCGCGCUCACGAAGAAUGGCGGCAACCACAUCAAGACCCGAAUCAACAACCCAUCAGGCAAACACACAGACGCCCUGAUCAAAGACAAGGGAGACGGAACCUACCAAGUGGAGUACACCCCUUAUGAGGAGGGUGUGCACUCUGUGGAGGUUGCCUACGAUAAUGCCCCCUUGCCCAGCAGCCCGUUUCAAGUGCCUGUGACGGAGGGCUGUGACCCAGCCAGAGUGAGAGCCUACGGGCCUGGGCUGGAGAGAGGCACCACAAACGCAGCUAGCAAAUUCACAGUGGAGACGAGUGGCGCUGGCAGUGGGGGCCUGGGGCUGGCAAUGGAGGGCCCCUCGGAAGCCAAGAUGUCCUAUACAGAUAACAAAGAUGGCAGCUGCUCUGUGGAAUACAUUCCCUACGAACCUGGAACCUACAAUCUGAACAUCACCUAUGGGGGCCAGCCAAUCAAAGGCAGCCCCUUCUCUGUUCCUGUCUAUGAUAUUGUGGACUCCACCAAGGUGAAGUGUCUGGGGCAGGGCCUGGGCAACAACGUGCGUGCCAGCAUCCCACAAUGCUUCACUGUGGACACCAGCAAGGCAGGAGUCGCGCCACUGCAGGUCCAAGUGCAGGGGCCCAAAGGAGUGGCUGAACCAGUGGAAUUGGUGGACAAUGGAGACGGGACACACACCGUCAGCUAUGUCCCCACCAGUAAGGGACCCUACUCUGUCAACGUGCUUUAUGGAGAGGAGGAGGUCCCAUGCAGUCCUUUCAAGGUGAAGGUUCUGCCCACUCAUGAUGCCAGCAAGGUCAAGGCCAGCGGACCGGGUCUCGACACCACAGGGGUGCAAGCCAGCCUGCCGGUGGAGUUCACCAUUGAUGCCAAAGACGCGGGCGAGGGGCUGCUGGCAGUGCAGAUCACAGAUCCUGAAGGAAAGCCCAAGAAAGCUAACAUUCGGGACAAUGAGGAUGGGACUUACCUGGUAUCGUACGUCCCAGACGUGACUGGACGCUACACCACCCUGAUCAAAUACGGGGGAGACGAAAUCCCCUACUCACCCUACAGAAUCCGGGCAGUGACCACUGGCAAUGCCAGCAAGUGCACAGUCACAGGAGCUGGCAUUGGUCCUACCAUCCAGAUUGGCGAGCAGACCGCCAUCGCUGUUGAUGCCAAGGCCGCUGGCAAGGGUAAGGUGACCUGUACAGUGUGCACGCCGGAAGGCACAGAAGUGGACGUUGAUGUGGUCGAGAAUCAGGACGGAACCUUCGAUAUCUUCUACACCGCGCCGCAGCCCGGACAAUACAUCGUCUGUGUGCGCUUCGGGGGGGAACACAUUCUGAAGAGCCCUUUCCAGGUUACGGCUACUGACCGACCAGUGGGGCUGGACGUGGCCGGACUGCGUCCAUUCGACUUGGUCAUUCCAUUCACCGUCAAGAAGGGCGACAUCACAGGUGACGUGAGAAUGCCCUCUGGAAAGGUCGCCCAGCCUGACAUCACAGACAACAAGGACGGGACGGUGACUGUGAAGUUUUCCCCUACAGAGGCUGGGCUUCAUGAGAUGGACAUCAAAUAUGAUGGCAUGCAUAUACCAGGAAGUCCACUUCAUUUCUACGUGGACUAUGUUGACAGCGGUCACGUGACUGCGUACGGACCAGGCCUGAUUCACGGCACAGUCAACAAACCAGCUGUGUUCACUGUCAACACCAAAGAUGCCGGGGAAGGUGGACUGUCCCUUGCUAUUGAAGGCCCAUCCAAGGCUGAUAUAGGCUGCACUGACAACCAGGACGGGACUUGUACUGUCUCCUAUCUACCAUCACUGCCCGGAGACUACAACAUCCUGGUCAAAUACAACGACAAACACAUCGCUGGCAGCCCCUUCGUGUCAAAAAUCACAGGGGAUGAUUCCAUGAGGAUGUCCCAACUCAAGGUGGGCUCCACUGCCGAUAUCCCUCUGGACAUCGGAGAGUCUGACCUCAGCCAGCUGACCGCCAGUGUGACCGCACCCUCCGGUCGCGAGGAGCCCUGCCUGCUCAAGAUGCUGAGGAACGGACGUGUUGGAAUCUCGUUUGUUCCCAAGGAGACCGGGGAGCACCUGGUCAGCAUCAAAAGGAACGGCCACCACAUUCCCAGCAGCCCCAUCACCGUCAUCAUCAAACAAUCGGAGCUCGGAGACGCCAGCCGCGUUCGGGUCUCCGGGCCGGGCCUGACCGAGGGGCAGACCUUCGAGCCGGCAGAGUUCAUCAUAGACGCCCGCGACGCAGGUUACGGUGGCCUGAGCUUGUCCAUCGAGGGUCCCAGCAAAGUGGACAUCAACACAGAGGACCUGGAGGACGGCACAUGUAAAGUGACCUACUGCCCGACCGAGCCCGGCAAUUACAUCAUCAACAUCAAGUUUGCUGACCAGCACGUUCCAGGCAGCGCUUUCACAGUCAAGGUCACCGGGGAGGGUCGAAUGAAGGAAAGCAUCACGCGGCGUCGCAAAGCUGCGUCCGUGGCCGACGUGGGCAGCCUGUGUGACCUGAACCUCAAAAUCCCAGAGAUUAACAUUGGAGAGAUGAAGGCCCAGGUAACCAGUCCCUCUGGGAAGGUGCACGAUGCUGAGAUCGUGGGAGAAGAGAACAACACCUACUGCAUCCGCUUCGUACCCUCGGAGAUGGGCAUCCACACCGUCAACGUCAAGUACCAGGGCCAGCACGUGCCAGGGAGCCCCUUCCAGUUUACCGUGGGCCCGCUCGGAGAGGGGGGGGCUCACAAGGUGCGGGCUGGGGGCCCGGGACUGGAGAGAGCAGAGGCAGGACUGCCAGCCGAGUUCAGUAUCUGGACCCGUGAGGCUGGAGCUGGUGGUCUGUCCAUCGCGAUCGAAGGACCCAGUAAAGCAGAGAUCUCCUUCGAGGAUCGCAAGGAUGGGUCCUGUGGGGUUUCGUACAUCGCCCAGGAACCUGGUGACUACGAGGUGUCGAUCCGGUUCAACGACGAGCACAUUCCCGACAGCCCCAUCGUUGUGCCAGUGUCCUGCCCUUCGGACGAUGCCCGCAGGCUCACUGUUUCUAGUCUUCAGGAGUCUGGCUUGAAGGUCAACCAACCUGCCUCUUUCGCAGUCAGUCUGAACGGAGCCAAGGGAGUCAUCGAUGCCAAAGUGCACAGCCCAUCUGGAGCUCUGGAGAAAUGCUGCGUGACGGAGAUCGAUGAAGAUAAGUACGCAGUCCGGUUCAUCCCUCAUGAGAACGGACUGUACCUGAUAGACGUCAAGUUCAAUGGCUCUCGCAUCCCAGGCAGCCCCUUCAAAGUCCGAGUCGGGGAGACUGGACAGGCUGGCGACCCUGGGAUGGUAUCUGCGUACGGGGCAGGACUGGAGUCUGGGAUCACCGGAUCCCCAUGCGAGUUCAUCGUGAACACGACCUCUGCCGGUCCUGGCGCCCUGGCGAUCACUAUUGACGGACCCUCCAAGGUCAAGCUGGACUGCCAGGAGUGUGCCGAGGGCUACAGGGUGACCUAUACGCCCAUGGCACCGGGCAGCUACCUGAUCUCCAUCAAAUACGGGGGACCCUACCACAUCGUGGGCAGCCCUUUCAAAGCCAAGAUCACUGGUCCACGUUUGGUGACCAGUCACAACCUGAAUGAGACAUCCUCUGUCCUGGUGGACUCUGUCUCGCGCUCUCAGGCCCCUGUCCAGAAGGGGGCGCCCUCUCAGGGUGCCUCCGAUGCCAGCCGCGUGGUGGCCAAGGGCCUGGGCCUCUCUAAGGCCUACGUGGGCCAGAAAAACGACUUCAGUGUGGACUGCAGCAAAGCAGGAAACAACAUGCUGCUAGUGGGAGUUCAUGGCCCCAAAGUCCCGUGCGAGGAGAUCAUCGUGAAGCACCAGGGGAAGCUGAUCUACAACAUCACAUACCUGCUCAAAGACAAGGGCGACUAUGUGCUGGUGGUGAAGUGGGGCGAGGAGCACAUCCCUGGGAGCCCCUACCAAGUGUCUGUCCCCUAAAACACACUCCGAAAACCUGCCGUCCUCCUAACCUGGCACCUUUGCAAAUCUAGACCUCCCAUUCGCCGAUCCCAAACCAAGAGUCAUGGGGUGCAUUUCCGAUUUCGGACUUUGUCGUAGAAUUUCUGACUCUAAACAGGGUCGGAAAAGUUUUUAAAAGGCGUUUUGAGUUUUUGAACCAUUGGUUGCUGCAGGUUAGUUUGGAAUCGGCUGAAUGGAAAGUUUAGUUAGGUUUUUAAAGGAACCAACAAGGUAUUAAGGCAUUUUACUAGUUUGGGAUGAUUGUACAUGGUUAAAUGCAAAAACUGUUUUUCAGAAAAAAAAAUUUAGUGCAACACGAGGUCCUUCUUUUGUCAACCUAGAAGCCUUAAAUUAAAAAAAAAAAAAAAAAAAAAACUUAAGCUAUUGACCUGUUACACAAGUUUGAUACAUAAAAUGUCUUAAUAUUUGUUCAUGUUUUUUGACAAACUUGAAAACUCUUUCAGUUUGUUUUAGUUUGUGGUUUAAAAAUAAUAUUCUAAACAAGCUUGUGUGUGCGGUUGUCCUAGUUACAAGCCAGCCUAUCAGAGCACUCCUUACUCCUGGGGUAGCAAAUUUGUACCCUGCCCUCGCCAUGGGUGUGGAGAGCUGGAAGAGGGGAUUCUGGGAGGUGGAGUAAAAUCGGUUUUUAAAUUCAUGUUCACUAGCUUGUAAUGUACUUCAGUUAUUUCUUGGUUUUGAAUAAGAAGCCUUUUCUAGGUUUUUAUACAAGUGGGUUUAACGUUACAAGAAUUACAAGCAGCUGGCUGAAUUAUUUCUAACCAGUUUCUCUGACCUAAUGUUUUCUUUCAUGUGCAUUUUGCAAUUCUGGUCUUUUAAAAAUAAAUAAUUAAAAAAAGAAUGUUCUUUAAAUAAAGUUUGCUUUACUA